AAAAUUAUGAUAAAAAUAUGAAUUAUUAGUUUAAAUGACAUGAUUUCAAAUAGGAUUUUUCUUUGGAUUGUAAUAUUUCCAUCGAAUGUUUACUUGUUAAAAGAUGUAGUAUUCGUGGUGGAUAAGUCAGCCAGUUUGUCUACAGAGGAUUUCUCAGAAGCUGUAGAUUUUAUAUACAAUGUGACUAAAUUUAUCGCAGUUGGUUCAACUGCGACCCAAUUCUCGGUAGUGACGUUUUCUAGCGAUAUCACAGAACGUUUUGAUUUGAACGACUACUCAACAAAUGCUACGAUAUUAAAUGCCAUCAGUGGCCUCAAAAGUAUCACGCCAAGUGGUAGCACAUACACAUACGAUGCCUUAACUUUUGUACGGACGUCUUCUUUUAUAUCUUCAAAAGGAAGUCGUUCAAAUGCAGAUAAGACUGUUAUUAUAUUGACCGAUGGACAAUCCGUGAACUAUCCGAGAACUGCAGCAGAAGCUGAUUUACUCAAAACUAAUCUCGGUGCGGAAGUAUUCUCCAUUGGAAUUGGCUCAGCUAUAUCCGCAAGUAAUGUUGAGUUAUUAAGUAUGUCCAGUGACCCUGAUUCUUAUUACUCCCAUCACGUGGAGUCAUAUGUCGAUCUGUGUAGUCUGAUUCCGACCGUUGUUCCUAAGAUUGAUCCAACGGUUACUCCUCAGGCUGUUACUGGAUGUCCGGCGACUCAAGCAUCAACAUCAACAUCUCCAGAGGAUAACACAGUGGUAGUGGCCGCAGUGGCGACUGUAGCAGCUGUUGCAGGAUUAGGCCUUACCGCACUUAUUGCAUCUUUACUUGAAAAGAAACUGAGGGGAUUAUUUGGUAAAAAGAACCAGGUAGAUCCCUAUGACAGUAUGACCAGACAAGGAACAAACAGAGCCAUUUUUGAUUCUAAUGCCCUGAAUGAUCCUUCAGCCAGAGAAGUACCACCUCCAGAUGUUUGAAAGGAGAAAAAUUUUAACAUUCUAUCAAAUCUAUAUUUUCUGGACGGAAAUAAAAUCCGUUCGAAGCUUAUUUAUUUCUUGAAGAGUUAACAUAAGAUCAAGCACUGAUAGAAUUUUUUCUAGACAAGAUCUUUUGUUUUAUUAUAACAAUACUUUCUACACGUGUAUCGUUUAUUAAUAUGAAUAACAAAGAAUACAACAGCGUGCACAUACUCGUAGCAUCUAUAAACAGUGGGUGAUGGAUGAACAUAACUGACAAAGUUUCAUGUUUUCCUAAAAGUUAUUUCUAUGUAUCUGUUGGUAAAAAAGAUUUUCCUAAAAAAAACGAAAAUUAGCAUUACUUUGACGAAAAUUAAUUUUUGGAUAAAUACUUGAAAGCAUUUUAAAGAACGAUAAAUUUUGUCACCAGUUUUCACUGAGACAGUUAGACACUACAUUUUUCUCAUUGAAAUUCUGAGCACAAACUUUUUAAGCUUUUCAAAACAUCGUGUUUUCUUGUACCAAUAUUAUUAUUCACUGAAUAUACACCACUUUUCACGUGCAAGGGGUGGGGGUUUUAACCAUGACGUCAUUAUAGUGAAGUAUAUAAGCAACGUUAUUAUAUAUGCAAUUCAAUCCGAGGUACAACCUUCGAUAUUAGAAUGUAGACCUUUUAUCAAUAUGGACGAGACUGCGUAUUUAAACAUCCAAAACCGCUGACUUCUUAGCAAAAGUUGUUUUACGGUUAACCUACAUAAUAAUCAACCAUAUGCUAGGCUCAAAACCUCAACCCCAAUUUUUAAUUUCGAAAAGUAGAACAACAAGAUGUGGAACAAACAAUCAAUACAGAAAAAGUACUCCACA